CCAAUCCUUAAAGGUUGAAACGGACUCCACAGAUUAAGUACAGGUUAUAUUUUGUUUUUUAAAAUGCUUUGCACCUCCUGACGCUGUUCAAUCUCAUUAGCGUCACAUUUGAUAUGUUUUGGAGUUUGAGAACAGCGGGGCGGCCCGUCACAAGCAACAGUGCACAGCGGAAUAUCUGGAAACCCUGAAAUUAUAAAAAUAAACGAGUCUGGGCGAAAGCACGCUGGUCCCUGUGUCUUUAAGAGGCAAAUCUGCGCUUUGUUCCAUAGAAGGGGGGAGGGCGCUUCAGAAAACAGCUUGCAUGGUUCAAUGGAGUCUCUGAAGCAGGAUGCGAAGGGAAAUUCACCAAUCUUUCCCCGGGAGCGAAAAACAUCAACGAGAAUAGACGGGAUAUAAAAAAAAAAGAACCCAAAGGGGCUGAUAAUAAUCUUAUGAGAGUGCGAGGUAGUGAUUAUUGUUCUGCGGUGCGCCUUUUGUUAAAAUCGCUUGUGUUAUUUUCAGGCUAAAAAGGUAAAGAAAGAGGGUGCAAAACGGGUGGAAAUACUGUAAUAUACAACCUGGAUUACAACUGCAGUGUAAUCCAAUCAAUACCCCCGUAUUGCUGAAGCGGGGCAAGCAAGUACAGCCAGACUGGUUUUCAUAUGGACUGAUGCAGAUGCAGGUGCUGCUACCGCAUGAAAAAAGGCUAAAAAAAUAAAUAAAAAUACAUAUAUAAAUAUCGAAAUAACCGCACUGUAGGUUGCAGUGGAACAGGGGUCACUGGUAAGCAGUUGUUUAAUAAAUUAUAUGUAUAUUUUGAUUUAUAUCAAGAAUAAAAAGCACUUUGUUAUUGACAUGCCGAGUUAGUGCAGACUCAUUGCACUGAAGAUUUGACCCUCGUUUAUACAGCAGGGUCGCUGAAGUUCGGAUUACUUCUUUCUUUUUUUGUGGCACCGGGUGGCUACCAUUAGGAAUACAGUACUGUGUUUCAUUGUUGUUCUGAGUAGUGACUGUGGAGUUUUAAAACAAAAUGGACCAGUGAACUGCUCAGGAUCGGCCCAUCGUUUUGAGGGGAAGAUCGUUUGGAAAUUGUUGGUGUAAAUUUCUCGAGUUUGCAGAUUUCUUUUUAGUAAAGGGAGCAAAAAAAGAAAAAAAAAAAAAAAAAAAAAAAAAAAAAAAAAACAAAACUGGAGGAACUGGCCAUGGCUACGACGAAUAAUCUAUUUUCCAAUGGAUCCGUUCCCUGGAUGGGGAGUGAAACUGAGGCCAACAGCCUGUGCAGAGACCUUGAGCUCGGGACUGUCCUAACACUGUUCUACUCCAAAAAGUCUCAGCGGCCCGAGAGGAGAACGUUUCAUGUCAAGCUUGAGACGAGACAAAUCAUCUGGAGCAGAGGGACAGACAAAAUAGAAGGAGAAAGUAAGUAUUGCUGCUCUGCAGACAAAGGGACCUACAUGGGGGUUACACUACUGUAUAACAGUAUUAUGGCUAAUAGAAUACAGAACUGCCAUGUUGUAUUUAUAACACCUGUGUGGUUUGCUGUCAGUACAGAAAGCAGCACAGAUUUCAAAGGAGUGAUUGAUCCUGUGUUGGUUGGUAUCUCAGCAGUCCAGCCCAUCCCUAGCAGGAUGUUUGGUGUGUUCAUAUGGACAUGUGGUCACUUACAGCACCUCCUCACGAGUGCCCUCGCAAUAAAAAUGCCUCGCUUGCCGUUUGUCUCUCAGGAUGUGGAAUUGAAGAACGGGGAUGUCUCCUACAGCCAGUUUGCCCAGCUGUAUCGUAACCUGAUGUAUGAUGCCCAGAAAUCUAUGGAGAUUCCUUUCAUCCAAAGAGUUGACGAGAGACCAGAUCAGCAUAAAGUCACCAUGGAGGAGUUCCAGUCAUUUUUAAUUGAGUAUCAAAAGGAGCUGUGGGCUACAAACAUUAGCCAGGUCAAGCAGUACAUGAAGACCUAUCUGAAGGAUCCUCUGAGGGAGGUUGAAGAUCCGUAUUUUUACCAGGACGAGUUUCUGACCUACUUGUUUUCCAAAGAGAAUACUAUCUGGGACUCCAAACUGGACCAGGUGUGUCCCGAAGACAUGAACAACCCCCUGUCCCAUUACUGGAUCUCCUCCUCCCACAACACCUACCUGACAGGGGACCAGUUCUCCAGUGAGUCCUCUUUGGAAGCCUAUGCACGCUGCCUGAGAAUGGGCUGCCGAUGUAUUGAGUUGGAUUGCUGGGAUGGCCCAGAUGGGAUGCCAGUGAUCUACCAUGGGCACACCCUCACCACCAAAAUCAAGUUCAGCGAUGUGCUCAAUACCAUCAAGGAGCACGCCUUUGUCACAUCUGAAUACCCUAUCAUCCUUUCCAUUGAGGACCACUGCAGCAUAUUGCAGCAGAGGAACAUGGCCACCACCUUCAAGAAGGUCUUUGGUGACAUGCUGCUCACCAAGCCAGUGGACAUCUCGGCCGACGGGCUGCCCUCGCCCAAUCAGCUCAAGAGGAAGAUCCUCAUCAAGCACAAGAAGCUGGCGGAGGGCAGUGCCUAUGAGGAGGUCUCCACAUCCACCCCCUACUCUGAGAACGACAUCAGCAACUCCAUCAAGAACGGCAUCCUGUACCUCGAGGACCCCAUCAAUCAUGAGUGGUACCCUCACUUCUUUGUGCUGACGAGCAAUAAGAUUUAUUAUUCCGAGGAGACCUCGAUAAACCAGGGCAGCGAGGAUGAUGAGGAGCAGAGGGAGAUGUCGAAUGGGAUGGACCUGCACGUGACAGAGAAGUGGUUCCACGGGAAGCUGGGCGCUGGGCGAGAUGGCCGUCAGAUCGCAGAGAGGUUGCUGUCAGAGUACUGCUUAGAGACUGGGGCCCCGGAUGGUUCCUUCCUCGUUCGAGAGAGCGAGACGUUCGUCGGAGACUACACCCUCUCAUUCUGGCGUUCUGGCAGGGUGCAGCACUGUCGGAUCCACUCGCGCCAGGAGGCUGGCAGCCCCAAGUUCUACCUGACUGACAACCUGGUGUUCGACACCCUCUACUCCCUCAUCACGCACUACCAGCAGGUACCGCUGCGCUGCAACGAAUUUGAGAUGAGGCUGACUGAGCCUGUCCCCCAGACCAACGCACACGAGAGCAAGGAGUGGUACCACGCUAACCUGACCCGCAGCCAGGCUGAGAACAUGCUGAUGCGGGUCCCUCGCGAUGGAGCCUUCCUGGUACGCAAGAGGACCGAGCCCAACUCCUAUGCCAUCUCCUUCAGGGCUGAAGGGAAGAUCAAGCACUGCCGGGUGCAGCAGGAAGGCCAGCUGGUGAUUCUGGGGAACUCUGAGUUUGACAGCCUGGUGGAUCUGAUCAGCUACUUCGAGAAGCAUCCGCUGUACCGCAAGAUGAAGCUGCGUUACCCCAUCAACGAGGAGACGCUGGAGAAGAUCGGCACGGCGGAACCCGAUUAUGGAUCUCUGUAUGAAGGACGCAACCCAGGAUUCUAUGUGGAGGCAAACCAGAUGCCUACAUUUAAGUGCACAGUAAAGGCGCUGUUUGAGUACAAGGCCCAGCGAGACGAUGAACUCUCGUUCUUGAAGAACGCUGUGAUCCAUAGUGUGGAGAAGCAGGAGGGUGGCUGGUGGAAGGGGGAUUAUGGUGGCAAGAAGCAGCUGUGGUUUCCAGCCAAUUACGUGGAGGAGAUCAGCCCGAGCGCACUUGAACCAGAGAGAUCUCCGCUGACCGAGAACAGCCCCCUGGGGGAUUUGCUAAGAGGAAGCAUUGACGUGCCGUCCUGUCAGAUCGCUGUACGCGCGGAUGGGAAGGGCAGUCGCCAAUUUGUCUUCACGCUCGCCUUGGGUCCAGUGCAGAGGGCUGGCCACGCGCUGGACAUCGCUGCUGACUCGCAUGAGGAGAUGCAGGACUGGGUGCUGAAGAUCCGUGAUGUGGCCGUGACUGCCGAUGCCAGGCUAUCAGAAGGGAAGAUGAUGGAGAGGAGGAAGAAGAUUGCUCUGGAGCUGUCUGACCUGGUUGUGUACUGCCGGCCAGUCCCCUUCGACGAGGACAAGAUCGGCACGGAGCGUGCCUGCUACAGGGAUAUGUCCUCCUUCCCGGAGACCAAGGCUGAGAAGUACGUCAACAAGAUCAAAGGGAAAAAGUUCCUGCAGUACAACCGGCUCCAGCUCUCCCGCAUCUACCCCAAGGGCCAGCGCCUGGACUCCUCCAACUACGACCCCCUGCCCAUGUGGCUGUGCGGGAGUCAGCUGGUAGCCCUCAACUUUCAGACCCCAGAUAAACCCAUGCAGAUGAACCAGGCUUUGUUCAUGCUGAACGGGAAGAACGGCUUUGUCCUGCAGCCGUCCAUCAUGAGAGAAGAGACCUUUGACCCCUUCGAUCGGCACUCCCUUCGGGGAAUGGAACCAAUCACUGUCCAGAUUCAGGUGCUGGGCGCACGCCACCUCCCCAAGAACGGCAGGGGUAUAGUCAGCCCGGUGAUCGAGAUUGAAGUGUGUGGGGCCGAGUACGACAGCAGCAAGCAGAAGACUGUCUCCGAAGCGGACAAUGGGCUGAACCCCACGUGGUCCCGAAAGCAGUUCCGUUUCAUCAUCUGUAACUCGGAGUUCUCUUUCCUGCGGUUUGUGGUGUAUGAGAUCGACGUGUUCAAUGACCAGAACUUCCUCGCACAAGCUACCUUCCAUGUCAAGGGACUCAAGACAGGCUAUAGAUCGAUACCUCUGAAGAACAGCUUCAAUGAAGAUCUGGAGCUGGCAGUUUUGCUUGUCCAUGUGGAGAUCUUCAGCGGCAGGCACGAGAAUGGGGACGCAAGCCCCUUUGUUGUUGCAGCCCAGUCAGUCCGGGAGAGGCCCAGCGACGACUCCUCCAGCCUUCACCUGGCGCAGUGCGGGCGGGAGGGAUCGCUCGAGACGCGCUGCCAGACUGCACUCGAUGACUUCCGUCUGUCCCAGGAGCACCUGCUUGAACAGGCCGACUCCAGAGACAGAAGGUUGAUGCGAAGGACCCGGGUGACUGGAGACAAUCGUUUGUAGAGGAGACGGGGCCUGUUUCAAGUGCCUCCAGUACUGAUGAUGUCACUGACUGCUGUGAAAACUGGUUUCUAUGGAAACGUUACCGCUUUGGCCUACAUUUCAGGCAGCUCUUCCUUGUUUUCACCUGUCACAGGCCUCACAGAACUAUGCUUGUGCAGAAAAGCCAUCAGUUACAAGAAAGAAUGCAUUUUAUCUGUCCUUGUUAAAAAUACAAAUGUGGUGUUAAGCAUUAGAAAUUGCCCAAAAUGGCUGUUUUGAACACCAGUUUCAAACUGGGAUCAAUUCUUUUAGCCUUUCUGAGAUGCCAAUAUUAUAUGUAUUCCUGUUCUGCUUGGCAAAGUAAGGCUUUUAAGUAGCUAUUGAAGCCCAUCUUCUUUUCAGGAAUAGCUCAGGAAUAAUUGCCCAGUAUUUUCCCUCAUGGCCGGUCAAAAAUCUGCAUUGAUCACCAGGUUCUGGGUGGAUAAUCCGUUUGUAUGAAAAGACGUGUGUAUUGGACAGUGAGAACUCUCAAUAGAUUCCUUUCGCUCCCUCUACUGCCUCAGCAAUCCAUUCCAGCCGGGAUUGGAACUAUGGCUAGCUCUAAAGCACUUCAUGCUGAUCAGUUUGGCUACAAGAACGUGUCAGUAAAAUGAGCCCUGACGUGCCACACAUGCUCACUAGUGCAACAAAGCUUUUAAAAUUCAGGUCUGUCCUGAGGAGACUGAUAAAAGUAGUAGCUCCAGUGAGAGUUUGUUAUUUGAAACAUUUUAUUCUUCACCUAUAUCCCAUGGUUUGAAAGGUUGACCUUAUAACUAGAGUUGGUAUGUUCUACAGAUACAGUGUGGAUUUAGCCUACCCUUCACUUUGUCUUAAAAUAAAGUCAAAUAUGUAAAAGAUGCACGAUCGAGGACCUGCUUGUAGCUAGUAUGUAUGAAUUAUUUGCUUUUUUUUCCCCUUAACUUUAUCUUUUUUUAUUGUGCCCAGCUUUUUUUUUAGCAAAGUCUUGUUUUAUCUGAAUUAAUCAGAUUUGUUUAUGUAUAAGCUUUUUAUCUUGUGGAGAUAAAGUUACAAAGCUCCCAGGAAAUGCAGUGAAUAAUGACAAUCCAAUUCGCUCUGUACACUACUGCCUGACACUUCCCUACAGUCCGCACCUCUGAGCUCUUGUAUGUCUACCCCCUGUAUUAGGAUAAUGUCAGACGUGUCAAACUUUAUAGAAGCAUCAAACCAACCACCUUGGAAUUGUUUCCUGUAGCUUGAAUAGGAAGAAAUCCUAAAGGAAAAGUGUUUUAGUACGACUAUUAUAAUGUAAAUACAAUUUCCAUACUCUCUUAUUAGACAAAUCCAUGCAAAACUGUGUAAAGUCCAGUUUUAAACAGUUACAGCUUGUAUGACAGACCCUGAUUUAGCACUAACCUUGUUCUACCUAAUGUGACCUAAGGUAGCCCAGUUGUAUUCUGUGCAACCAGCCAGCAGCAUUACACUGUUCAAAAACACAAGCAGCUGUUUACCUUGCAGUCGCUUACUUCGAGCACUAGAGGGACAUCACACAGGCACGCUGGAUAUACAAAACCCACUUUGGUGUUUUCUGAAACGGCAGAUUCAGAUGAGCGAGAGCGCUCUAGCUCCAAUACUCGUGUCAAACAGUGAUAUAUCAGGUGAGAUAUUAUUGGUCCUGGUAAUUACUAACCACCCAACCAGUAUUAGCCAGUGUAUUUCUCGUCUGAGUUUUUUUUUAAAAUCUGGACUCUAUAUCCUAUCAUGCCUUUGUGUGUGUAUUCCUGCUGCACAUUAACUAGUAACAAAUUAUGCUGUAAACAACAUCCGCAAAUUAACACAUUAAAAGGAGACCUGAAGCCUGCAAAGUGGUCACACAAACAGCGCCCCAGUGACUUCCUUCCUGUGUUCCUGGCACACCGAGCAGUGAUAAACCAGCUCUCUGGGAACAUCUGCUUCAACUAGCCUAAGUGAUCGCACACUGAAACGUUGUGAGGAUGAUCUUGAGCUCCUCCACCAUGGCAAAAUGAAUCUAUUGAAGACCGCAGUUAGAUUAAGUGCUAUGCCAGGCAUAAUUGUCUGUCUAACCAGUCCAACAGCAAAAAACACACACAAAACAACCAAGCUCACUGUUCUGGGACUGACUGAUCGUCCUGCAAAAUUUCCGUCUGCAAGAGUUGUGUUGAAUUAGUCACAGUGCAGUUAAAGGGAUGACAAAAUGUAAUGCAAAAUACUGAGUCAUGAUCUCGUCAUUGUAUUUCCUCCUUCUGCUAUCUUUUUUUUUUUUUUUUUGUGUGUGUGUUUUACGUCUGUCUGGCUCUGAGAUCCCUGUGCGUAAUGGGCAAUGUGGGUUUGCAAAUUGUUCUCCCAGCCACGAACACUUGGCCUGCUAGGGUUCCAGUGUUCUGCCCACCUCUAGUAGAAUGUUAGAGCUGCACUAAUAAGGAGGGGUAGAAUGGUGUUGGUCAAGAAUUAGAAAAAAGGACCAACUGGGAGUCAGGAAUUCUAAAUGAGGGGACCAAUAGGAGGGUAUAGUGUAUAUAAGUCAGCUGAGUCAGACUGGAGGUAGUGUUUAAAUGCAAAGGAGUAUUUUUUUUUUUUUUUUUUUUUUGAUAAAGUGAGCAAUAUGCAGCUGGCGGCAAGGUUUUUUUUUUUAUGCCUGUAACUAAAGGUACAUUUCCCCCUACCCAGUGUUAUAUUUUUGAGAUUUGAAGAUUGAUUUUAGAAAUCAAUUAGCUGUUUUGUCCAAUAUUGCCUGCAUAAGAAUAAUUAUGCUGCCUAAAAAUAUGUUUGUGGUGAGAAGAUCACAAAUAUUGUAUAUCAACCUGGCUGAAGGUUGAAUAGAAAUUCUGUCAAAACUAGGUGUCUGUCAUGCAACAGUAUCCCUGUUUCUGUCACUGAAGCCUGCCUUUACGUACCAAAAAAAUUCCAAACCCCUUAAUCUUUCUGCAUUCCCACACUUUAUUCCUAUACUCAAACCGCCGAGUUAAUCAUGUUCGAAAUAUUGGGGACAAAGGGACAGUUAACCAGUUCUGCUUUUUAAAGCACGCAAAGCUAUAAGCAUGCGAUAGUUUCUUGUAAUGCAACUUUUGUUUUUCAGGGUUUAGGUCAAUAACCAGAUCAAUUCAAUCAAGCAGGCUGCUUACACUGGUCCUGUUAGUUCAAGCCACUGAACAUAGUUCUGUGUUCUUAAACCCGCCAUACAGCAGCAGAAGAGGGGUUCUACAGCAACCUCUUGCUGUUUCCAUCCUGAAACCGUUAGAUCAGUUGUUAAAACGGGUCCAAUUUGUGACCAGAAAUAGGGAUAUUAGGGCCGGGUGCUGAUUCCGUUCCCUUUAGCUUCAAUGUGCCUCCGUAUCUUGUGAAUUUGUGUCAUUUUUUUGUCUCUUCUGCUUACAAAAAGAGGCCUUUCUGUACUGUUCCUAAGACAAAUGUACAUUUCAUUUUGCCUUUCAUAUGAAAACAUAUUCAGCCUGAGAAAUAAAUAAGUACUUAUCCAGAA